CUCAACGCUCGCCUCUUUUCCUAAUGAUUCCUGCAACCUACCCUGGGGCCAUUCCUACCUCAGCAUUAGCGCAGCCAUUUAUCACUGAGCAGCUUGAGAAGAUUGAAAAAUCCCCUGCUUCGACAAACGACAAGAAUCUACUCAGAGCCGCCAUCUUAUACGCACCAUCCCUGCGCGGCAAGCUCAAUAUUGCAUGGGCAGUACACGAUGUUGGACCGGAACAAUUGACUGACCUUGCGUACUACUACUGGACAAACAUAAUUGUGCGUGUUCGGUCCGCCGGAGGGAGAACACCAGCUCCCAGCAGUCAUCCCUCUCGCAAAGAUUUUGAACCGACUGUGAAACCUGAGCCUGCGAAGGGUCUCAGUGUCCUGAAGGCCGAGGCUCUGGUGCGCGAUGGAUACAAAUGCGUCAUAACCGAGAAAGUAGAUUGGAAGCAUGUAGCUGAAGUGAAGAUCAGGACGGGCUUAGGCAAAGCGGAAGCAGCGCAUAUUAUGCCUUUCAGUCUGAACGACUUCGAGGAGACGAACGUUCCCACGCUGGCCAACAAGACUGCAAUAUGGACAGCCUUACAAGCAUUUUCUGGUCGUAUACUGGACGGUCUCAAGGGAAAUGGCAUCAACUCUCUGGAGAACGUGCUUACCCUUGAGGCUUGCAUGCAUCAGAUGUUCGGUGAGCUUGUACUGGCCCUCGAACCCGUAGAGGCAAAACCCAACGUUUACCGCAUUCUCACUUGGGGUAACGCGACGGAUUCUCGAGAAUUUCUACCCGAAGUCGUCACUUUAAGUGACCAUUCCAAUUCUGGGAAGGCGUUGCCCAACCGGGCCUACUUAUCACUUCAUGCUGCAAUAUGUAAGGUUCUUCACGCGUCCGGCCGCGCAGAAGAGUUGGACAGAAUUCUCGAGGAUCUGAACGAGGGUGAGACGCCUGUCCUCUCACAUGAUGGUAGCACGGCAGAUCUACUCGAGAUAGCUCUACUGAGGGCCGUUGCGGUACACUGAAUCAUUCUUGCACGAGUGGAAAUGUAAUCUUGUCUCGUCGUGCCGCUUAGAAUAAUAUGAGCACACACUGUAGCCAAAAGCUAUCGCCCGUUGAGCUCGAAGAUAUAUGAUUGCCACUUCGAUUCA